AUGCCCACGUGUCUGCUGCUCAUCACCGCCUGGUUCCUCGUGUGUAUCUCCGGUUCGGUUCACAUGGUUCGAGCUCAAAACCGAACCGAUCCCGACGAAGCGACAUCUCUGAACUCCAUCUUCGCGGCUUGGAAGAUCCAGGCGCCCAAGGAAUGGAACAUCAGCGGCGAACUUUGCUCCGGCGCCGCCAUCGACGACAGCAUCACCAUCGACGACAAACCCUAUAACCCUUUCAUCAAAUGCGGAUGCAAUUUCGCCAACUCCACAUUCUGUCGCAUCACCGCCCUCAAGGUUUAUGCGAUAGAUGUUGUAGGACCUAUACCUCCUCAGCUCUGGACUUUGAUUUACCUCACAAAUCUGAACCUGGGUCAAAAUUAUCUCACUGGCUCUCUUCCUCCUGCGAUUGGGAAUUUGACUCGAAUGGAAUGGAUGACUUUUGGGAUCAAUGCUUUGUCUGGCCCUGUUCCCAAGGAAAUUGGUUUGCUUACAAAUUUAAAAUUACUUGGUAUUAGUUCAAAUAACUUUUCUGGUUCUUUACCAGAGGAGAUUGGGAGUUGUACAAAACUACUGCAAAUUUACAUGGAUAGUUCUGGACUCACCGGGAGAAUACCUUCAUCAUUUGCUAAUCUUGUGGACCUCCAAGUCGCUUGGAUUAUGGAUCUGGAAGUUACAGGUCGGUUACCAGACUUUAUAGGAAAAUGGACCAAUCUUACCACCUUGAGAAUUGUCGGAACUGGUUUGAGUGGUCCGAUUCCGUCCUCAUUUUCCAACUUAACUUCUUUGCAAGAACUGAGGCUUGGUGAUAUAUCCAAUGGAAGCUCUACCCUUGAAUUCAUCAAAGACAUGAAAUCUCUAAGUGUAUUAGUAUUGAGGAACAACAAUCUCACUGGGACAAUACCGUCUAAUCUCGGAGAAUACAAAAGUCUGCAACAAGUUGAUUUCAGCUUCAACAAACUACAUGGACCAAUUCCGGCUUCACUUUUCAACAUAAGUGGACUUACUCACUUGUUUCUGGGAAACAACACGUUAAAUGGUUCUUUGCCCACUCAAAAGUCGCAGUCUCUGAGCAAUAUAGAUGUGUCGUACAACGAUUUGUCUGGAAGUCUUCCGUCAUGGGUCAGCUUACAAAACUUGACAUUCAAUCUAGUUGCUAACAACUUCACUCUUGGAGGUCUUGACAAUAGGGUUUUAUCAGGAUUGGACUGCCUGCAGAAGAACUUUCCAUGCAAUCGAGGCAAAGGAAUCUAUUCUGACUUUUCCAUCAACUGUGGAGGCCCACAAAUAAAAUCUGUUAGUGGAGCAGUAUUUGAGAGGGAUGACGAGGAACUUGGACCAGCUUCAUUUGUCGUGAGUGAUGUUAGGAGAUGGGCAGCCAGUAGUGUAGGACUUUUCGCCGGGAGUAGCAACAAUGUAUACAUAGCUGCUUCACAGUCACAAUUUAUCAACACUUCGGACUCGGAGCUUUUUCAGUCAGCAAGGCUCUCUGCAUCUUCCUUAAGGUAUUAUGGUUUGGGGCUAGAAAAUGGAGGCUAUACCGUAACGCUUCAGUUUGCUGAGAUACAAAUAAAAGGUUCUUCUACUAACACAUGGAGAGGGGUAGGAAGACGACACUUCGACAUUUAUGUCCAGGGAAGACUUGUUGAAAAGGAUUUCGAUAUACGAAGAGCAGCUGGUGACUCUGAUGUGCGAGCAGUUGAGAGAGUAUAUAAAGCAAACGUAUCAGAAAAUAAUUUGGAAAUCCAUCUUUUCUGGGCUGGCAAAGGAACUUGUUGUAUUCCUAUCCAAGGUGCUUAUGGACCUCUAAUAUCGGCCGUUAGUGCAACACCAGAUUUUACGCCAACUGUGAGUAACAGGCCACCGUCAAAGGGAAAGAAGAGGAGUGGUCCUAUUGUGGGUGUUAUUGUUGGCCUAGCACUUUUGAGCAUAUUCGGAGGUGUGGUUAUCUUCAUCAUCCGAAAAAGAGGAAAGCGGUACACAGAUGAUGAAGAGAUACUUAGUAUGGACGUAAAGCCUUACACUUUUAGUUACUCUCAACUUAAAAGUGCAACUCAAGAUUUUCAUCCCUCAAAUAAGCUUGGAGAGGGAGGAUUCGGGCCUGUUUAUAAGGGAAAGCUGAACGAUGGAAGAGAGGUGGCGGUGAAACUGUUGUCGGUUGGAUCCCGACAAGGGAAGGGACAGUUUGUUGCAGAAAUCGUAGCAAUAUCUGCAGUUCUGCAUCGCAACCUAGUGAAGCUCUACGGGUGCUGCUAUGAAGGAGAUCACCGCUUGCUCGUAUAUGAGUACCUCCCUAAUGGAAGUCUUGAUGAUACCCUUUUUGGUAACAAGAGUUUACAUCUUGAUUGGUCGACCCGUUAUGAGAUAUGCCUGGGAGUAGCCAGAGGUCUAACCUACCUCCAUGAGGAAGCGAGUGUUCGCAUAGUACACAGAGAUGUCAAGGCCAGCAACAUCUUGCUCGACUCUCAACUUGUCCCAAAAGUUUCUGAUUUUGGGCUUGCCAAACUCUACCAUGACAAGAAAACCCACAUAAGCACUCGAGUGGCAGGGACGACUGGAUAUCUUGCGCCAGAGUAUGCCUUGCGUGGACACCUAACAGAGAAAACGGAUGUGUAUGCCUUUGGCAUUGUGGCUCUUGAGCUUAUCAGUGGAAGGCUUAACUGUGAUGAGAAGCUGGAAGGUGAACAACGGUAUCUUCUUGAAUGGGCAUGGAGCCUACACGAGAAUAACCGUGAAGCUGAACUAAUUGAUCACGAGCUGAGUGAUUUCAACAUGGAACAAGUGAAACGCAUGAUAGGCAUUGCUUGGCUGUGCACUCAAACAUCUCAUGCGCUGAGACCACAAAUGUCAAGAGUGGUGGCCAUGCUUUUAGGAGACGCUGAAAUCAGUCAUGUCACUUCUAAGCCAACCCACCUAACCGACUGGAGAUUUGAUGACACCUCCAACUCCUCUUUCAGCGUCACAGGCGCUUCUGCGUCCUACUCCACGAGCUUCGUCACCCCUAGAGAGAGCGACUUUAAGCCAAUGCUUGGAGUCAAGAUCAACGAGGGGAGAUGA